AUGACUGGAACAGAUUUACAGCCUACAGUGCAAGCAGAUGAAGAACCACUCUAUGUCAACGCAAAGCAGUACCAUCGUAUUUUAAAGAGGCGAGCAGCAAGAGCAAAACUAGAAGAACUGAACAGGAUAGCCAAGAUUCGUAAGCCAUAUCUUCACGAGUCCCGCCACAAGCAUGCAAUGCGUCGCCCCCGCGGACCUGGUGGCCGAUUCUUAACUUCAUCAGAAAUUGCAGAGAUGGAUCGGCUCCAACUUUUGUUCGAGGCUCAGGGUGGCGUGGGAACCUUGGGAGGCGACAUGCAUUUGGCGCAUAACAACUAUACAUCUGAACAAAAACAAGCAUUUAUUCAACAGCAAAUCCAAAUCCAGCGUCAGCAGCAGCAACAAAAUCAAAACCAGACCCAAACUCAAACUCAAAAUCAGACACAAAACCAUGAUGCAUCGCAGCAGCAGCCAGCUUCCAUUUCUAUGCCGUUACAGCACCAUUCUGGACUUCAGAUGCACACUGGAGCCAUGACGCAGCAACAGCAGUCACAGCAGUUUCAACAAGCACAGAAUCAUCAACGGUUCCAGUACGCUACUACUGGCAAUCCACCUCUUUAUGAUCCCUCUAAUAUUGUAAAAACCGAGCCAUAUGACGGCCAUCCUCAUUUGCAAUCAUACCAUCCUGAAUCAAGUACAAAUGAGGCUUCAUCAGGCGACGAUAAUACUGCUAACAAUAAUAAUGGACAAGGCAAAACUUCAUCGGCAAAUGAUAACACCAACAGCAGCUCAUAG